AUGAGUGGUCUUGUUUCUAAAUGGGCAGUUCAGAAGGAGUUAAUUGAAGAGGCUAAUGAACAAGAUAAUACAGUUAAAAAGACGAAAUCAGCCACCACGUUUAAAAAGUCACAGCCAUUGGAAAGCAAAUGGGCGAGUCCUAGCAAACCUGAUAUGGAAGCCCCAGCCCAGGAUCAGCAAAAUAGAACAAAGAGUAAUGGUAGGAAGAAUAAAUACCCGGGUAGUCCCAGAGGUAAUUUGCUCACUCCUCCAUUAAGUGCUGAUCCUGAUAUUUCGACCCAUUCUGAAAAGGGCAGGCGACAGCACGAAAAUCACUUUAGGUCGCCUCAGGGACGAGCAAAACACAAGAGUGGUCGCCGGUACGACUCGCGAGGACCUAUAAGAGACGAUAAUAAAGUAAUUGAGAAAGCAGAUCUCGAUAAAGAUCAGGAUAAGAUUCCCAUGUCUGAUGCUGCGAAGUCUUUUGCAUCGAGAUUGGGGAUGGGUGGAGGUUCCCCUAAAGUGAAAACUUUCGAUAACGAUGGAUUUGUAUCAACUGAUGAAGAAGCAAGCGACGAAGAACCAUCUCAUGAGGCUGAAGAGCAAGGCGUCAGUGACGAAGAAUUGCAACCAAUGACCAAUGCUGCUAAGUCUCUCGCAAGUAGGCUAGGAAUUGUAAGUCUAGAUGACCUGACAAAUAAUGGGAGCGAAAAGAAAAAGCCAUUCAAAGUACCUAGAGAGCGAAAUGUGUCUAGCAGAGCAUCCGGGAGCAGAAAUAUGAACAGAUCUGAGUCUAAGCAAACUUUUCAAAAAGGUCUGAAGAAUGCCCUGAAAGAGGCGAAGUUGAAGCAAGAAGUCCAAGAGAUGUUAGAUAAACUAGGAGAUUCCAGUAGGAGCUGGGCUGACUUGGAAGACGAGUGA